AUGAAGACUGAGAUACAACCUUGGAAUGAACUGUCAACUGGUGGCUACCCUUGCCGGAACUGUCCUUCCAAGGUUUCUGCCGCGGAUUAUUACUUUCUCAAAAACGCAUAUACCUCUUCGAGCUGUGACAGCAAGACUAGUGGUACUGUCGUUGAUGGUUACUGCUACACCCUCAACUAUCCCUGGGCUACACGGAGUGUUGCCAGUGACUCUACCUUUACGAGCGAGUAG